AUGGCUGAGGCAGGGUUACAACCCCGUCGACUGUCGGCGGAUAACCAGACAGUCUCAAAGGCCGAUAUCCCCUUGAAUGAACGCUUCUUCCGCUACUUUCAGCAUGAGAUCACCGAUUUGCAGGAGGAGAUGGAUCGGCUCGCAGAUACAUCGCUCGUGGGUGGUGAACGUGCCGAUGCAACAGACCACUCCCUUGCCGGGAUCGUGCGGUUAUCCAAUGAGGUCAAGGAUGCAGCGAGCUAUAUCCCCACAUAUGAUCAGAGGGUAUACGCAGAGGCGAUCAAAGCUUUGCAGGAUCGAUUGAGCGAGAUACGUGCCGCAUUCGAGCCCCGAUCAAAGUUUAGCUUCAAGACCAAGAAAAACACCUCUGCUAUUUCUUUAUCAGAUGCUGCGGUGUUGGCAGCUGAAGGACGGCUUAGCAUCCCUGGUUACCACUCUCUGGGUGCCUCGUCCGUCGGCUCGUCCACGAACCAUACACCCAACUACCCUUCCACCCCACUGAAUGAGCCGGAUAGGCAGCAACAAGAACGACCGGAGCUUGCGCCGACUUCAUUCCCAGGUGUCUCGGUCGGAGACUUUGCCACAAAAUCCACACCGGAGGAGCCUGCUGGUACGUUUGCGGCCACCGGCGUAUCCUCUGUGUCGGUCGAUGAUCACCAUGGACUUCACAUUAUGCUUCCAGCCUCCGGCUCGACAUCCACAGUCCCGGUGUCUAUUACCUCACUGGAUCGCUGUAUCGUUGACAUGUCCAUUCCCACUGCUAACGGAAAGCCAUAUACGAGUCUGACUGCCAAGGGGAUCAAACAAAGCCUAUUGGUCUGCGGUCAAGUUAAUGGCCCUGCACACAUCACCGGCGUUGAGCGUAGCGUGAUGGUGGUAUCAUGCCGUCAGUUCCGUAUGCACAACUGCAGUGACGUUGAUGUCUAUCUCAGCUGCUCUAGCAACCCCAUUAUCGAGGACUGUUCCAAUAUUCGGUUUGGUCGGAUCCCGAAGGCCUAUGCCUUGAACCAUGACCGUCCCGAUCACGAAGACCGCUGGAGCCAGGUCGAAGAUUUCAAAUGGAUCAAGCCGGAGCCUAGUCCAAACUGGAGUCUACUGGACCCCAACGAUGCCGUUCCAGAAGAGGUCUGGGCAGAGAUUGUUCCCGGCGGGCCGGGAUGGUCUCUUGAGGAUAUCUUGCACGCUAUCAAAGUAUCCUAA